AUGGCCCCAGCACGCCUCCGAGCAGCACUGGUCCUCGGCGCCAUCCAGGCCGCGUCGGCGGAGUCCAACUUCAUGUACACGAUGAUGAAGAAGACGAUGUGCUCCUCCUUCAAGGUGCCCUUCAUCUGCUCGGGCAGCGACAAGAGCUUGGGCUCCGGCGGCUCGGUCGGCUCCAGCGAUUCGGGGAGCAGCUCGAAGUGCUCGGGGGACAGCUGCUGCGCGGGCUCGUCGUGCUACGCCCUGCCCGGCAUGGGCUGCGACUCCUCGCGCGGGAGCGUGAGGUGCGCCGGGGCCAGCCUGCCGAUGACCGCCGGGCAGUGCCAGUGCAAGGGCGGCAAUUCUUGCUCGCAGGGCACCUGCGCCAGCGGUGGGUCCUCCAUCGGUUCUUCGAUGAUGUCCGACCUGUCUGACCUGUUCGAGGAGGACCAGCAGGCCGUCCACAUCACGCCCGAGGACCACAGCCGCGCCCUGGCGCUCUACACUGGCGGCGCCUGCCUCCUAGUGGUCGCGGGGCUGUCGGCAGGCGUGCGCAAGCUGCGGCGUGCCCGGGGCUCUGUGGAAGGCGCCGACGAGCGGGAGCUCGAGCCCAGGUGGGACCUGCUCUCGCAGGUCAGCAGCUCGGGCGAGUGA